UGUCAACGGGAUCGUGGAAGCUGGCGAAAUCUGCGCUCUCAUGGGCCCCUCGGGCUGCGGCAAGACAACCCUCCUCAACGUCCUCGCAGGCCGCCCCACAAACGCCUCCUCGGUAUCCGGCUCCGUCCUCGUCAACGGCGCGAAGCCCUCGCGCUCCCAGUUCCGCCAGAUCAGCUGCUUCGUCGAGCAGGAGGACGCCCUCAUCGGCUCUCUCACCGUCCGCGAGACCCUGCUCUUCACCUCGCGCCUCUCCAGCACCUCUUCGCUGCCCGCCAGCGAGCGCCUCGCGCGCAUCGACGGCCUGCUCAACGCUUUCGGUCUCAACGAGCAGGCCAACACCAUCAUUGGCACGCCGAUCCGCAAGGGCAUCUCGGGCGGGCAGAAGAGACGUGUCGGUGUGGCGAGCCAGCUUAUCACGAGCCCGAAGAUCAUGUUUCUGGACGAGCCGACGAGUGGGUUGGAUUCUGCGGCGAGUUUUGAGGUAAUUAGUUACCUCAAGACCGUGGCGAAGAGAAGCAAUCUCAUCGUCAUCGCCUCCAUCCACCAACCCUCCACCUCAACCUUCAACCUCUUUGACAAGCUUCUCCUCCUCUCCGCCGGCAAGACGCACUACUUUGGCCCCGUCGACAACGUGGUUCCCUACUACGAGUCCCUCGGUAUGCCGAUCCCCACGCAGGUGAACCCAGCCGAGCACGUACUCGAGAUGGUCAACACGGAUUUCGUCAAGGACAAACGCCAGGCGGCGCAGAAGCUCGAGGCGAUGCACGGCGCCUGGGAGGAGUCGCGCCCUGCCAAGGAGCUGCGGGCCGCCAUCGCCGACGCCGAGAAGAACAGCAACGCUUUCGAGGACGACCAGGCGGAGAAGAAGCCCGGCUUGCCGAGUCUUGCGCUCACGUUGCUGCACCGGAGCUUCAUCAAGAGUUAUCGGGAUGUUGUGGCGUAUGGGAUCCGGUUUGCCAUGUACACUGGUCUGGCCAUCAUGAUGGGUACGGUCUGGCUUCGCCUUUCGACCGACCAAGAGUCCAUUAUCCCCUUGACCAACGCCAUUUUCUUUGGUGGUGCCUUUAUGAGCUUCAUGGCAGUAGCUGCGGUCCCAAGCUUCCUCGAAGACCGCGACCAAUACGUCAAAGAGCACCAAAACGGCCUCUACGGACCCACAGCCCUCCUCAUCUCAAACUUCUUCAUCGGUAUCCCCUACCUCUUCCUCAUCGCCCUCAUCUUCUCCGUAAUCUCGUACUGGCUCUCCAAUUUCCGCCCCUCGGCCACCGCCUUCUUCAUCUGGGUCCUCUGGCUCUUCCUCGACCUACUCGCCGCCGAGUCCCUCGUCGUCUUCUUCGUUUCCCUCUUCCCCAGCUUCGUCAUCAGCCUCGCCCUCGUCGCCUUUGCCAACGGCCUCUGGAUGAGCGUAAACGGCUUCAUGGUCUCCCCCACCAUUCUCAACUCGUUCUACAAAUACGUGUUUCACUACUGGGACUAUCAGAAGUAUGUUUUUGAGGGCAUGAUGCACAACGAGUUUGGGCAGCGCACGUAUACCUGCGGCAAGGGGUGUCAGUGUAUGUACCAGACCCCGCUGGCGAGCGAGUGCAAGAUUGCCGGGCAGGGCGUGCUCGAUACGUACGGGUACACGGAGAACCAUUUUGGCAGGGACGUGGGCAUCAUGCUUUCCAUCAUCAUCGGAUACCGCAUUGCGGCGUGGAUCGUGUUGAAGAUGAAGAAGAACUGAGAAGGGUGCCCGCGCCGCUGGUCGGUUAUCUCAUGCCUCGUACAAAUGGUGUAAGGUUGGGAAGUGUGUAAAUGGGGUUCGAGUUCGUCUGUCUUUUUCGCCGGUAUAGUUGGCUUUAAAUGGCUUGCAAAGGCCUGUCUUAUAGUGUUUCCUGGGUUGGUCUUUAGAUAAGGUGGUGAGCGUAAUAGUUUGUUUUGAGGAGCUGGCUUAUGGCGUCCAUCUGGUUUAGACGGUUUGUAUCACUUGAUUUGCAAGUCUUAAUAAUGAAGAAAGAAAAAAAAUCAAAAA